AUGAAUCCGUUACAAUCCGAGGAAAAUGGUGAAGGAAGUAGUGUUAGUUUAAGAGAUAAUGAUCAAACGCAAAUUUUUUUUGAAAGUAACUUAACUAGGACAGAACCAUCUUUUAUAAGCUCACCCUAUGAACCUGAAAUGAAUGAAAUAUUCGAUAUGGACUCUUCUGACGAAAAGGAUGAAGAACUAGC